CAAAGUUCGCGAAGAAUUCUAGUCCGCUUUCGGCGAAAAGUUGCUCCAGGACCGAGUUCGACAGUGAGCCAAUCUUAACCCCGCUAGCGGGGCUGUAGGUGCGCGUGAGAGCUGCCCGAAAUUGUGAGUCCACUACAAGCUCACACUGUUCGUAGGCGCUGAUCCGGACUGGGCUCAAGUCACUCAAGCUCUACAGCAAAAGGUACGGCCAUUGGACGCUUCUAUCUCGAGUCACAUUCCAAGUUCCAGCGGGGUUGACUCAUAGACAGCAUUCAAGUACGACAAAUCUCCGCUUCCGACGCGGUCAUAACAGCAAACAUGGCGGAAGCGGUCAAGGACACCAUAAACCAGGUCGUUGAGGGCGUCAAGGAUCUCGCGGUUUCUGGCGAGAAAAAAGUUGAAGAGAAGGCCCCGAAAGCUGCAAAGCCCAAGAAAGAGAAGAAGAAGGGCGGUGACGACAGUGGCCGACCUUUGAUGAUCGAGCCUGUCCCUGCCUUCAUUGACCACCGAAUCAAGAUCUUCGAGAAGCUCAAGGCGAAGUAUGAUGAGGAAGUUGCUCAAAAGCCCCGUGAGAAAAUCACGGUUACACUUGGUGAUGGCAAGCUUAUCGAGGGCGAAUCAUGGGUUACCAGCCCUGCAGACAUUGCGCGCGGUAUCAGCAAGAGUUUGUUCGACCGCACCGUUAUCGCCCGUCUAGACCACGGCACCCCUGAGGAGACACUGUGGGAUCUCGAGCGACCACUUGAGAAGAGCUGCAAGCUAGAGCUGUUGGAUUUCGACCAUCCAGAGGGCAAGCGUGUCUUCUGGCACUCCAGCGCACAUAUUCUUGGAGAGGCAUCUGAACGCAGGUUUGGCUGCGAUCUGUGCAUUGGUCCUCCGAUCGAGGAUGGUUUCUACUAUGAGAUGGCUCUGCCUGAGAAGGCUGCCGUGGAACACUCCGAUCACAAGCCCCUUGAGACCAUCGUCAACAGCAUCGUCAAGGAGAAGCAGGUCUUCGAGCGGUUGACUCUUUCGAAGGAGGAUCUAUUGGAGAUGUUCAAGUCGAACCCCUAUAAGCAGCACAUCAUCAAGGACAAGAUCGCAGACGGCACCUCCACCACCGUCUACCGCAACGGCCCACUCAUCGAUCUCUGCCGCGGACCCCAUGUUCCUCACACCGGAAGGAUAAAGCAGUUCAAGGUCAUGAAGAACUCUGCUUCUUACUUCCUGGGAGACGCAAACAACGACAGCCUGCAGCGUAUCUAUGGUGUCUCCUUCCCUGACAAGGACAGGAUGGCGGAACACCUUAAGUUCUUAGAGGAAGCCGCGAAGCGUGACCACCGCAAGAUCGGAAAGGAACAGGAGCUGUUCUUCUUCCAUGAGUACAGCCCUGGAUCCUGUUUCUUCUUGCCGCACGGACAAAUUAUUUACAACACACUGCAGGCUUUCUUGCGUGAGGAGUACUGGAACCGCGGGUAUCAGGAGGUCGGAUCGCCGAACAUGUACAACUCGGCGCUGUGGAAGAUCUCCGGUCACUGGCAACAUUAUCACGAGGAUAUGUUCACGUUUGACGUCGAAAAAGAGAAGUGGGCACUCAAGCCCAUGAACUGCCCCGGUCACUGCCUGAUCUUCAAGCACCGUGAGCGAAGUUACCGUGAGCUGCCCAUCCGUAUGGCUGACUUUGGUAUACUGCACCGAAACGAGGCUAGCGGUGCCCUCACUGGUCUUACACGUGUCCGCCGCUUCCAGCAAGAUGAUACCCACAUCUUCUGUACGGAGGAUCAGAUCAACGAAGAAGUCCUGAGUCUGUUCGAUUUCCUCCGCGCGGUCUACGGGAAGUUUGGUUUCACAUUUAAGCUGAAGCUCAGUACGCGCCCAGAAGGUUACCUCGGCGACAUAGAGACUUGGAACAAGGCUGAGGCAAAGCUCACGGAUGCUCUGGACAAGUUCACCGCCGAUGGCGGUGGCGCCUGGGAGCUCAACCCUGGCGAUGGUGCGUUCUAUGGUCCCAAGAUCGACAUCACCAUCUCCGAUGCUUUGAAGCGCGACUAUCAAUGCGCCACGAUUCAACUUGAUUUCCAGCUUCCCAACCAGUUCGAGCUCGAGUACAUGACGUCCGAAGUCGCCGCCGCAAAGCCUAAGGAGGACAAAGCCAAGGCAUCAGAGGCACCGAAGGAGACUGCGCCCAAGGAGGCUCUUGCACAGAAGCAGCCGGAAACACCUGGCGACCUUUCCACAAUUUCGAAGCAGAUCAAGCCUCCUCAGCCCGGUUACGCUCGUCCUGUAAUGAUCCACCGUGCCAUCUACGGAUCUUUCGAGCGUUUUAUUGCCAUUCUCACUGAGCACUUCGCAGGUCGUUGGCCAUUCUGGCUGUCUCCUCGUCAGGUCAUGGUCAUUCCUGUUAUGCCCGGCGCCAACGAUUACGUCAAGGAGGUACAGGCUGCGCUCCGCAAGCAACACAUCCACGCCGAUAUUGACAUCAGCGGCAACACUAUGCAGAAGAAGAUUCGUACAGCACAACUGGCCCUUUACAACUUCAUUAUGGUCGUCGGUGCUGAGGAGCAGCAGAAUCGCGCUGUCAACUGGAGGAACCGUGACGACCAGGCUUCACAGCAGCGUGGCGAGAUCGUUCCUCUCGACGAGGCGAUUGAGAAGCUGGUGAAAUUAAGGGACGAGCGAGGAGUUGAGAACAAGGUUUAGAUGGACAACGUAUCUACGUUUGUGUGCAGGCCUAGAAGUGAUGAGGUAUGCUGUCACGUAACGGCCCAAAGUAACGCCAAAAGACAUACAAAGGUCCACAACACACUCAGACGUCUGU